AUGCAGUCAUACCCCGGCGAAAUAAUCGACGCCCAAUGUCAGAUACCCGCAAGCGGCAAACGCAUCCAUUGUAAGAAAGUUAUUGAUGUGCAAGCCAAAGGCAUCUGGAAAGAACAAGAGAACAUGUCCAUUGGACUUCGUCUUGUCCGGUGUGGCCACGUAGGUGUCCACGCCUCCAAUUUGCAUGAGAUAGCCUGCCGGCUCUCCCGAAUGGAUGGAACCUUUCAGACAGCAAAGUUCAGCCGGCUUGGCAAGAACUGGAUCCUCUGGAGCGCUCAUUUCGCACACAUACGCGAGCAUUCUCCCAACAUGAGCGGCGAUACUAUUAGAGACUUGCACGUGGCCAUUGUCGGCGCCGGAAUUGGGGGACUCGCCCUGGCCAUGGGCCUGGAAAAGAAAGGAGUACCCUAUACGAUCUAUGAAGCAGCCCCGGAAUUUUCAGUCGUGGGCGCGGGCAUCGGAUUCGGCCCGAAUGGCGAUCUAGCACUGGACAUGCUGCAAGAAGGGUUCCGUGCAGAAUACGAGAAGGUCUGUGUGGGCAAUAAGCCCGGCGAGCCUCAGGAUAUCUACUAUGAGGGCAUGCUCUUGCAGCCAGGUCUUGGUACGCAGAUCUCCUCACUUUCCUGCACCACCAGCGUGGAUUCCCAUUCACACUGUCUCUAUAGGAGCGGCACUGAUGUUGAGCAGGCCCAUCGCCACGCAGUCCUUGAAAUCAUGACCAAAUACAUCUCAGUCGAGAAGGUCCGUUUCAGCAAGACCUUGGUGGGGAUUCAACAGUAUGCAGGCAAGGUCAUCUUGAAGUUUGCAGAUGGCGAUACUGCUGAGGCUAGUAUCCUUGUCGGCGCCGAUGGUAUUAAGAGUAUGGUGAGAAAGCAUGUUUUGGGACCGUUGUAUCCCAGCCAGGUCGAGCCGGUGUAUGCCGACUCGUAUUGCUACCGAGGCGUGAUCCCAAUAUCCGAAGCCAGAGAAAUCUUUGGAGAUCUCACCGACGUGGCGAAGAUGUUCGUGGGCGACAAGCGCUGUUGUAUCACGUAUAUGAUUUCGAAAGGCGAGGAAUUCAAUUUCCUCCUCUGCGCACUGGAUGAUAAGCCCUGGGAACUCAAGAACUCAGUAUCCCAGAAGAUCAGCCAUGAGGCCAUGAUGGCUGACUUCGAAGGCCCCGAAGUGGACGAACGAUUCCGCCGCUUGCUGAGGAAGGCCAGACCGGUGAAGUGGGGAUUCUUCCAUCAUCGGUACACGUCGACAUAUUAUCGUGAUCGGGUCGUGCUUCUGGGUGACAGCGCCCAUGCGUCCCUGCCGUUCCAGGCCGCCGGUGCUGGUCAGGGCUUAGAGGAUUCCUUGAUACUCUCCAACCUUCUAGCGAGGAUAUAUCACGCCCCUGAGCAAGGUGCAGCACUGGCACCAUAUAUUUCUGCCGGUCUUGCAGCGUAUGACGCUAUUAGACGGCCAAGAGCUCAGAAGCAAUUAGAGCGGGCGUAUGAAAUGAGCCACAUGCUUCACUUCCAGCACCCGGAAACUGGCAAAACGGUUGAUAAGAUUGCUUCGAAACUGCAAAAACAAUGGUUUGACUGGAUCUGGUUUCAUGACUUGAAUGGAGACAUUGACGCUGCAUUCCAUAAAUUGGACGAGGCCUUGAAUGCGUAA